UUGACUUAAAAUAAAUAAAAAUAUGCACAAGCAUUUAAUGAGAUUUAUGUUCCUGACGUUCUUAAUCGCUGUAGUCAUGUCAAAGAAAAGUUAUUUGAGCAAGUUCAGGAGCUCUCCUGAUUUAGAUGUAGACAAAUUUCUUCAUCUGUUGGAUAAAAACAGAGCAAAGAUUGAACCACUCAUGCAAGGCCUGAAAUUAUUGGUGAUUGGUUUCCAAACUUAUGCACUACCUAUCAAUGCUAUCUUAAGAUUCAUUAAUAUCUUCAUAUCUUUGAUCCUGAAUAUCUUUAAAUGCGAUACCCUAAUCUGAAUAACUCCUGCAAUGGUAUUAGCCAAGUUCUUUUAUGAGUUUAGAAAUUUUGCAAGAAGUUCCAUUACCGAGCUAGAUUAUGGAUAUUAUAACCUCAUUUAUUGCUAUGCUAAGAAGUUGUUUGGGGUAAUUAGUAUGGUAGUAAGGCAAGAGGGUCUUGAGACUUAUUCUAAAAAUUCAGGUUGCAUUCGUAUGAGAAUUGGGCAAUACUUCAUGCCUACUUUUGAGGGAAAUGAUACUUCUCAUUGUUCUCAGUUCGACGAUAUUAUUAUUAGCUUGUCUGAACAGCCAGUUGAUCCUAGCCCAGAUUACAGAUCACUGCUCUUGAAACUGAGCAUGAUCGUGAUUCUAUUAGCCUUGAAUUUAGUAGCAUUCCAACUUCUAGUGCAAGAAUUUGAAAUAUUUGAGGACUUAUGUCAGGUGAUUCAAUCAAGUCAGCCAAGCCAACCACUAACAAUGGAGUUUGACUCAGAAGCAUGCUUAAUACAUCAUGAGCUUAGAAGCAUGAGCAUGGAUUCUAUGCAACUUCCUCAGAUCAGAGAAGAACUGGGGGAGUCUUGCAGUUACGAUUCUGAACCCUGUGGAUCCUUCAGAUUAAAAACGAAAGUUCGAGGUUCCUCUGCCUUCAUACUUUCAGAUGUUGCUUCAAAGGACGAAUAAUGCUGUUUUAAAUUUUAUUUCAAUCCAA